UAGCUUCCCUGUUCUUCAUCUGCAGUGAUGGCUGAGUGGAGCUGGGUGGCCUACACAGUCCUAGAAGCGCUGAUUGCUGUGGCCUGUUGCCUUGGCAAUGUGUUGGUGGUGUGUGCGGUGUGUGUUGGUAUCCGGGAUUCCCUUCGAGAGCCAACCUUCUGCUUUCUCGUUUCCUUGGCAGUGGCUGAUUGCCUCGUGGGUGUGGCGGCUGUGCCCCUGUCUGUACUAUUGGAUGGCUGGGUGAGUCUGACCCCUGACCUGUGCCUACUUCUCAGCUGUGUCGUGCUCGUGCUGACUCAGGCCUCUGUGCUGUCACUGCUAGCUAUCGCCGUGGACCGAUACCUCAGGUUACACACACCACUCAGGUACAAAGCCCUGGCCACACAGAGGCGUACAUGGAUGGCAGUGUCUGUGUGCUGGAUACUGUCCUGCCUGCUGGGGUUCACCCCUCUGUUUGGCUGGCACAACUACUCCUCUCUAGCCUUUGAUUCCACAAAUACAUCUUCCACUUCCUUCAUCUCUCCACCCUGCACCUUCCUCUCAGUCAUCUCCCUCCCUUUCAUGGUCUACUUCAACUUCCUGGGAUGUGUCAUUGCACCCCUGCUGGUCAUGACCCUCCUCUAUACGCGAAUCUUCUGGAGCCUGCAGGGCCGUUUGAAGGAAGGCUGUCCUCAAAACCAGGCCUCUCUGCUCAGGGAGAAGAGGCUGGCCUGCUCCCUGGCUCUGGUUCUCAUUUUGUUUGCCAGCUGCUGGAUUCCUCUGCACCUGAUGAACUGCCUGCUGCUGUUUCAUGGUCCCCAAGCUGUCACACCAGGGACGCUCUAUACAGGUAUUCUCCUGUCUCACGCCAACUCAGCAGUCAACCCUGUGGUCUAUGCAUAUCGCAUCCCAAAGAUCCAACAGGCUUACAGACAAAUAUGGAGGCGCUUCCUCAUGAACAUGACCUGUUGCAACGGGGAUGAGCAAGUUCGCCGAUCAAGUACAGGCAGCCGAGCCAAUCACACCGAGAUGUGUGGAUCAGGACGGAUGGCCACGCCCUAACAAAGGACCACAGGGUCACUAUAAGUCCAGUAUGUUUGAGGUUCAAGUUCAUGGGACUUGUCAUACACACAAAACAUGGUCAACAAUCAUUUAAGGCUUUAUUACAGAUAUCCAAGUGAGGAAAUACAGGCAGUCUGUGUGUUUGAAAUUGUGAAACCCCUACACUGCACACACUUAGCCUGCCAUGGCAUUCAGUCGCCUAAAUCUUGUCUGCAAACUUUAUUUAAGCCAAAGCUAACUCAUAAGCCUCCACUGGAGGGUGCUCUAGACUAACAAACUCAAUAGCCGCUGUUGCACACAAACCAUGUAGCCAUCAGAAUUGCAGUAGGUGACGAAGAAACAAUUUCAAGAUGUCAUUCAUGGAUUUUUUGGGCAACUGAUUUGAGGCAUGUGUAACUUUUAUUGAGAUGUACAUUUUUUUGAGUUAGUCAUUUCACAGCUUCAAUUCAUGCAUCGCUAACCUUUUGCAGCACAUAUCUACUAGUUCCUGUUUUUUUCCCACUCCCCAAAUCAUAAAAAUAAAUAUUGAUACUUAGCCAUGAGAGUGUGUUGAACAUUCAUGAGUGUUCAGUGAGCUCCUCGGGGAAGGCAAUAGACUGUAUAGUUAUCACCUGAGCAGGGUACAAUCCCACCCACCAAACUAUACAACCUACUACCUCACCCUGACAGAGCCCAAAUCAAACACGUUCACGUCCUGUUGACACCUGAAACCUGAUUUAGCUGCUCUAGCAAAAAAAAAAACAACAAUGCUUGUCACAGUACAUUAUGUUGAUUGCUGCAAGCGUAUAUUUUGAUGGACAGCGUGAUUGCCCAUCCCGAGAUGACAGUCGGCGAGUAGCUGACUCUGCUGUCUCCUUGGGAAAGACAGUAGAUUGUAUAGUUAUCUCAAAAAGAGGUUACACAACCCCACAACUAUUCAAUCUACUACCUCAGCCCCAAGGACAGCAUCCACGUUGCUUCAGCAUCAAAGAUCCACAAAGGUAACUGCCCUGCAAUGGUACAAAGAAAAAGAAACAGAGAGGGUUAUCUUAAUUAUCUAUUCUUCUCAGAAAAAUACAUGCAAGAUAAAACUGGGUAGGAUCAUCAAUUUUUGAAGUGUAUAUUUACGUGACAUUUUAGACUGAUGUGUUCAAAUUCAGCGUGUUGUAUUUUCAGUUUUAUCUCUGUGUCUUUGUUUUUGUGCCUGGAAAUGGUUCAAAAUCACAACUUAUGGCUGAACUUGGGAGUGCUUCGUGACGACAAGGCUUUAACUGCCAAGAAAAACGUUUAUCCCUUCUUAACAAAAGAAGACCUUCCAAGAUUUUGCAUAUUGGCACAUCCUCACCGAUCAACCAAGCUUCUUUUUGUUGUUUUUUUAAUGCGGCGCUGAAAGUUAAGAACUCGGUUCCAUUACAUUAAAUCAAAGACAAUUUAACGGUAAGCGGACAUCGGAAAGUGAGAGCACUAAUGUGUGAAAGCCCAACAAACAACUCACUGGCUUCCUGAGACUCUGGCAUGUGAUCGAGAGAGGCGGGGAAAAAGAGCUGCCGACUCUGUGCCAGGAAUUCGUUUCCGUAUUUGCCAAAAACUGAGCUCAUUCCAGUGGGCUAUCCCUGUGUAGGCUGGCUGCUGCUUCUCAGUCAGAGGUACACACACAGAUGCUUGCAAAUAUGGCUUCCACCAGCUGCCUCUGAUUGAAUACAAGGCUGGGAUUCUGCCCCCCAAAACACAACAAGGAAACACAAAAUGGCGUCUCGCACAUCGGCCAUUUUAGGUCUGCUUAAAAACACUAUAAGGUCUACCUUUCAGGGGUUUUUUUUCCCGAGCCUGCUGUCUCUUGAUUAAGAAAGUGCGGCUGUUCAAUCGACGCGAUAGAGAAUCAAUCUUGCGCCAAGCGCCGAGACAAAGCCAACAGACCCAGACGACACACUCACUAUCACAGAGAGCAACUCUAACCACACUUAUCAGACAGCUGGAAAGUUCACAGAGAAAAAGUAUCAUCACAUACAGCAUGUCCAUGUUCCUGUGAAUUUACUUGUACUGUUAACUGUUCAGCUUUGGUUUAAUAAAAAAAAAUUGGCACUCUCGCUUAACAUAGCA